AAUUUAGAUAUGCAAUAGAUUUCUCCUGAGGUUGAGCAACAUCUUUCUGAAUUAUUGAAGCCUAUUCUUUAAAGAGUUGAAGAAUUAAAAAUUAGAGAUCAAUAAAAUGAAGACUAAAUCAAUUCACUUGUUGAGGAAUUGACUUAAUUAAGACAUUUAGUUAGCACCCUAAAGCCUUUUAAAUAAGAGGAAGAGAAAAGUACAAUUAAUAAUAAAUAUUAUUAGAAUAAAUAAAGCAAGAAUAAAAGAAAGAUAAUAAUGGAAAUCAUGGUAAACAAUAUUAUUAUAAAUUCAAUUUUUUUAGAAAACAAAAAACCUGAUCGUCCUUCAACAGGUGUUGUCUAAAAGAAUGAUUAAAAUAAAGUCAAAGAGCCUAGACCUUAAACUGGUCAAAAAUCUUUGAGUUAAAGUGUUAUUGUAGAUAAGACAGCUACAACUGAGGUGGAUAAAGGUACUUAUAAUAUAUUAUUAUAUAGUAACAUUAAAAUCCCCUAGAGAUUCUACAUAAAAACAACCAAAACCAUAAGUAUAACAAUAAUAACAAUAACAACCCCCAUAACCUAAACCAAAACCUUAAAAAUAACCUGAAUAGAAAGAUACAAAAGAUCAUAAAGAUCCUAAACCUCAUGGUUAAGGUAAAAAGUUAAUAAUAUAUAUAAGAACAACCUCAAAAGUAAGCAUAACCUCAAAAAGAUGAAAAAAAAGUAGAGAAGCCAAAAUAAACUAAAUAAAAUCCUCCUGUUCAUCCAGAGAAAACAGAAAAGCCAAAAGAAAUUGCCAAAAAGACAGAUAAACCUUAAGAUUAGAAAGGUAAUGGUUAAUAAAAAAAUCAAACUAAACCAAAUGAUAAAAAGGUAGAACCAAAAUAAGAUGAUAAGAAAAUAGUAAAAAAAGGAAAAUAAACAACUGCUCAAACUGGAGAUUAAUAAUAAACUGAUGAACAAUUUUAAUAAUAAUAAUAAGCUUCUUAAGUUAAUUAAGAACCAAAUUCAGCUGAAAAAUCAUCAAAAGAAAAUCAUUCAGAUUAAAAUGAAUAAUAAUAGGAAACACAUACAGAAUAAAAUGAAUAAUAAUAAUAAUAAGAAAAUCAUGAAGAAAAUACAAAAAAUGUAUAAGAAGUUGAAUAGUAACAUUAGGAGGAAUAAAAUUAAUUUUAGAGUUAAGAAUAAAAAGAAGAAUAAGUUUAAUAAUAAGAAAAUUAAAAUUAGGAUAAUAAUUAAUCUUAAGAAGAACAAUAAGGUUAAUAAUAAGAAGUAAUUUGA